AAACCUCACUCUCAAUUAGAAUAAACCCGCCACCAAACAAAUCACGGUGUUCCCCUAAAACCCCAUUGAAAAACCGGGAGACAGGUAGCGCAGGGACACAGCCUCGGCAGCCAUCAGUGCUACCUCCUCACGUUCUCAUUGCGUAUUGAUAUACCAACUUUCAUGUAUCGGAUUUCACAACAAUGAUAUCCUCCAUAGCUUGGUUACCCAAAGGGGCGGCGAAGCCUGUGCCCUCGGUGGCCGACCCUCCUUCCAAAGAAGAAAUCGAAGAGAUGAUCAAGUCCGGCGCUUUUGAUCGAAGUGGAGAUGGUGAUGGUGAGGAAGACGAUGAAGACAUGGAUACUGAUGCUACUGUGCAGGCUGACAAAGCUGCUCAUGCAUUAGAGGUAGCUGAUGCACUUGGCAGAACUUCCAAUAACAUGAAGUCAGAGAGAAGCUUUGAUGAUGUUACCAAUGGUUUGAAGGAACUGGACAUGGAACAUUAUGAUGAAGAGGAUGAUGGCAUCGAGUUAUUUAGCACGGGGCUGGGGGACCUUUAUUACCCAAAUAAUGACAUGGACCCAUAUCUAAAAGAUAAGGAUGACGAUGAUUCUGAAGAGGUUGAUGACAUUGCUAUUAAUCCGACAGACGCUGUGAUAGUAUGUGCACGUAGUAACCAGGAUGAUGUCAGUCAACUUGAGGUUUGGAUAUACGAGGAAUCUGGUGACGGUGAUCCAAACAUGUACGUUCAUCAUGAUAUCAUCAUUUCAGCAGAUCCACUUUGUACUGCAUGGCUUGAUUGUCCACUUAAAGGGGGCGAAAAAGGGAAUUUCAUAGCUGUUGGCUCAAUGGAACCUUCUAUCGAAAUAUGGGACCUUGACAUUAUUGAUGAAGUGCAACCAUGUGUAGUAUUAGGUGGAAUUGCUGAGAAGAAGGAGAAAGGAAAAAAGACAUCAAUCAAGUACAAAAAAGAGAGUCACAAAGGUCCGGUUCUUGGUCUUGCUUGGAACAAGGAGUACAGGAAUAUUCUUGCUAGUGCAAGUGGUGACAAACGAGUUAAGAUAUGGGAUGUAGCUGCUGGGAAAUGUAAUAUUACCAUGGAGCAUCAUACCGACAAGGUUCAAGCAGUUGCAUGGAAUCAUCAUGCACCACAAGUUAUCCUUAGUGGAUCUUUCGAUCAUUCAGUAGUCAUGAAAGAUGGGAGAAUACCAGCACAUUCCGGUUAUAAAUGGUCAGUCACAGCUGAUGUAGAAAGCUUGGCAUGGGAUCCACACACCGAGCAUUCAUUUGUGGUGAGUCUUGAAGAUGGUACUGUCAAAGGUUUUGAUAUCAGGGCUGCCAAGUCUGAUGCAGCUUCGGAGUCAAAACCAAGCUUUACUCUACAUGCACAUGAUAAAGCUGUUUGCACAGUCUCUUACAAUCCUUCCGCACCUAAUCUUCUUGCAACUGGAUCGGAGGAUAAAAUGGUAAAGCUUUGGGAUUUGUCAAACAAUCAACCAUCAUGUAUCGCGACCAUGAAUCCUAAAGCAGGAGCUGUCUUUUCCAUUUUCUUCUCAGAGGACAGCCCCUUUUUGCUGGCAAUGGGAGGCUCUAAGGGGAAAUUGGAAGUAUGGGACACAUUAUCAGAUGCUGGGGUUACUCGAAGAUUUGGGAACCACUGCAAGCGGAAGAUACCUCAAUCCAGUUCUUGAUGUUGCUACGUUGGAAGGUGAGAGAUUUUUUUUUUUUUUUUCCCUCACAAUUUUGAAAAAUCUGUAUACCUUACUAUUUUCUACCUCCCUCUCGUUCUUUGGAGAUGUCCAAGCAUAGGGAUUUCUUACAUUUUAUUGUUGUAUUUAAGAAAUUAGGACUGAGGAUCUCUAGAGAUGUAAUGCUAUAAACGAUUUAUUAAUAGUCGAAUUAUCUUUUGGGAUGCA